AUGUCGCCAUCAGUCAAUGGGUGUCAUACUCCCCGCCAAGAAUCCAUCGUUAACGCGAACCGUCGAAUACUACCAGGCCCUCAAUUAUUGCACGAAUUAGUGGCCAAGGCGCCUGGGGAGGCUAUCAUUUUCGACUUUUUACAGGCUGCCGACCGCCGUGUCAGGCUCACAUAUGAAGAUUUCCAUCGCAUUACGGACCUUCUGUCUCAGGACAUCCGAGAACAGUUAUCAAUUCGAUCAGAUCGAAGGCUCAUAAUUCCUGUCAUUGUACCGCAAUCUCCUGAGCUCUAUAUCUCCUGGGUGGCCGUGCUCAAGUGUGGAGCCGCCUUCUGCCCGGUCAGCCACGAUGUACCAGCGGAGAGAUUGAAGUUCAUCCUGCGCGAUGUGGAAGCGACCUUCGUCUUGGCAACCUCUGCCACAUCAGAUCUCUUGCGAGACGCGCUGUCACAGGUCAGGUGUAAAGUUGUGUCUCUCAAAGACCUCCUGGACAGACUGAAAUCUACCAGAAAUGGUGAAAUCAGUUCCCAAAUCGGGCCGGCUAUAGAUCCUUCGGGCCCUGCAUAUGUGAUGUAUACAUCAGGCUCUACAGGACUGCCCAAGGGGGUCAUGGUAUCGCACCAGUCGGUGUCCCAGUCACUACUAGCGCACGAUGAGCAUAUUCCCCACUUCAGGCGCUUCUUGCAAUUUGCUUCACCCACGUUCGACGUAUCCAUAUUUGAGAUAUUCUUUCCAUUUUUCCGAGGCGCCACAUUGGUUGGCUGCGAGCGAGAGCGCAUGCUCGCUGAUCUCCCAGCUACGAUCCAGACGUUGAACGCAGACGCCGCGGAGCUCACACCCACUGUGGCGGGAACACUGCUAAGAACGAGAGAGGCAGCUCCUUGCCUGAAGACGCUCUUGACGAUCGGAGAAAUGCUCACAGCCCAGGUUGUCUCGGAAUUUGGCGGAAAUACAGAUAAACCUAGCAUGUUAUAUGCUAUGUACGGUCCCACCGAGGCGGCAAUUCACUGUACUUUGGCGACGGAGUUAGCUGCGGAUGCAUCCGUUCGCAGCAUAGGGCAACCGUUGGCCACAGUCACCGCUUUUGUCCUGAAAUCAGGCGAUCCGCCUGCGAUAGCCCCUGUCGGGGAAUCAGGAGAGCUUGCUAUAGCCGGUCAACUGGCUGAUGGCUACUUGAAUCGGCCGGAGCAGAACCAAGCUGCAUUCGUGGAUCUUCCUGGCCAUGGCGCCAUCUACAAAACCGGUGAUCGAGCGAUAUGUCGUCCCAAUGGCGACCUAGAGAUCCUGGGCCGAAUUAGUACCGGGCAAGUGAAAUUAAGAGGCCAGCGGGUGGAACUGGGAGAAAUCGAAGAGAUCGCGUCCAAGACCAAAGGGGUCCACAUGGCCAUUGCCAGCAUCAUAGACGAUGUUCUGGUGCUGUUCUGUGUAGCAAGGCCUGACGUCGGAGCAGCCGCCAUUCACGUUCAGUGCAAAUCCUGGUUGCCGCCAUAUAUGCGCCCAGGCGAGAUCAUCUUCCUCCACCACGACGUCCCACGACUAGCUUCGGGCAAGAUUGAUCGCAAAGCGCUGGAGCGUAAUUAUCGUGAACAACGAUCGUCAGCGACACACGAGGGCACAUUUGAAAACCAGAUUGAGAAGGACAUUGCAGAGGUUUUGAGCAGCGAGCUGAGAACAAAGAUCGACAGAAGCACAUCCUUCUGGUCCCUGGGACUAGAUUCCCUCCGCGCCAUAAAGGCAGCAUCUCAGCUACGCCAAAAAUACAAUUCCAUCAGUUCUUCAAUCAUUUCCGAGGCUGACAAUGUAGCCGAGUUAGCAGCCAUUGUGGGGGACUCAUCCACUUCUGGUAACCUUGAGCACACCAGACCCGGAUAUGAGACCUCCAGGGAAUGGCAAGACAUCAAGCAACAGCUGAUUCGUGGCCCUGACCUGGCAAGCCACGAACCACCCUGGGAGGAGAUCCAGCCUUGCAGUAGCAUGCAGGUGGCAAUGCUAGUCGAAACUUCCACGAAACAAGACCGGAAUUUCAAUGAUAUCUGGCUUCAGCUUGCUCCAGGGUUGACAAUUGCUGACCUACGUCUGGGGUUCAACAAACUUGCGGAGAAGAACAAGAUUUUGCGGUCUGGCUUCGUGCCAACAGGAAGACAGGAGAUGCCAUUCGCCCAAAUUAUUUGGCGUUCCCUGGUAGACUCGGACCUCACUCUUCUACGACCACUGCAACUGAGUCAGGACGCGGAUGAUGUUGCUCACGUCCGCAUUCACCACGCGCUCUAUGAUGGAUGGUCCUGGGACUUGAUAUUGGACGAUCUUAAUACCAUAUUGUCGGGUCAUGAUGCACCAGAAAGAACGCCCUACUCCGUGUUCUGCUGCUUUGAACAGCGUCAACUCCAGUCUGAAACAUCAACGACUCGCGAAUUUUGGGAGAACCAGUUUUUAGACUUCAAGCCUUCGGCCUUCCCCAACCUCUCAGCAACCCGCAAGGAGCAACGGUGCAGAGGUUUCACGGAGUUGUCAUUGACAGUCUCCUAUCAGCAGCUGUCAGACCUUGCUCUGUCAUUACGUUGCGGUCGGGAGACCAUCCUAGAAGCGGCGUGGUCUCUCCUGCUUUCAUCAUACCUCAAUGAGGCUGACGUCGCGAUUGGCGUUGUGUCAGCAGGCCGCCAUCAUUCUCUCCCAGGAAUUGAGUCCAUCAUUGGUCCCUGCUUAUCGACGUUUCCUCUCCGUAUUGAUAUCAAUGCUUUGAGAACGGCACAUGAUCUUGUCAAUCACAUCCAAAGGCUGCGCAAUCUACACCAGAAAUACGGGAACAUAACCCUUCGAGAUAUUCAUCAUGCAGCAGGCGCCGGUGCUGAAGAUGGACUCUUCGACACCCUUUGUGUAUGGCAACAAGACAGUGCGGACAAUCACAGGGACCGUUCCAAAGUAACAACCAUCUCCACGUAUGAUGCCUUGGACUACCCCGUUGUGCUGGAAUUUGAACCUCGCCAGGGCAAAGUCCAUGUGAAGUUGGGCUACGAUGCGGUGCGUGUUCCAGAAGACCAGGCACGCCUUUUGGUGAGGCAGCUCGAUGAUGCCGUCGCGCGCAUUAUGACGGGACCCGAACUCCGCCUAGGUCAUGUCUGGGAUGACAUGAGCCAAAAUGUUGCGUCGAUGGUAAAUACCGACUUCGAGCAGUUUAGCGGGACUUUCGACCUCAUAAGCACAGUCCGAAGUCUUGCCGAGUCAUGCCCUUCGAGAGUGGCAGUCGAAGUCGUGCACGAUAUGGACGUAUACACAGGCCGAGCCGACAAGGAAUUCCUCACCUACAGCGACUUAUUCAAGCGGGCCUCAAGCAUCGCGUCGUCAUUGCAGAGGAAGUACACCGUGGGUGUUGAUGACCUCGUAUGCUUGGUUGGGUCAAGGUCAACCGAGCUCUACAUUGGCAUACUAGGUGUCAUUAUGGCUGGAGGAGCCUACAUGUGCAUCGACCCUCGCACGCCUGCGGAGAGAACUCGCUCGAUCCUGGCUGAAGCGAAAUGCAAGCUUGUCCUAACAGCAGAUAAUGCCCAGGCGCCGGCUCAAUCCCCGGUGGUAACAAUCGUGUCCAUUACCGACCUUCUUGCCCAAAACUCAGCUUCCGGCGUGUCCAAGUGGCCUGAAUUGACAGGAGGGGAGUUAGCCUACGCUGUUUUCACAAGUGGCAGCACGGGUGUCCCGAAAGGUGUCCUCCUUACUCGGCGAAACCUGCUCAGCAACCUUGAAGUGCUCUCAGGUAUCUAUCCCUGCAAACCAGGAACAGAUCGUCUAUUACAAUCCUGCUCGCCAGCAUUCGAUGUGUCGGUCUUCGAAAUCUUUUGGACCUGGCACACGGGAAUGACAUUGUGUACGGCCUCGAACGAUAUACUGUUUCGAGAUCUCGAAUAUUUCAUCCAGGAGCUGAACAUUACCCAUCUCAGCAUGACACCCUCGGUCGCUGCCUUGGUUAAUCCUGCCAAGGUCCAGCACGUGAAAAUGCUGGUUACGGCAGGAGAACCUAUGAACUCGAAGGUCUUCUCGGCUUGGGCCGAUCGUGGUUUAUACCAGGGUUACGGUCCCUCCGAGACAACAAAUAUUUGCAACGUCCGACCUUGUGUCUCAAACUCUGAUGCAUCAAACAACGUCGGUCCUCCGCUACCAAACACAUCAGUCUUCGUCUGCCACAGACAGACACAGGACUCCCGACAUACCGUCAAUGGGACCAGUGGUAAGGCCGCUUUGAACUUUAGACUGGUUCCCACAGGCGGAGUAGGAGAAAUCUGGAUCGGCGGAGAGCAGGUUGGACGCGGGUAUAUCGAUCCUGCACUGACGGCAAAGGCGUUCUUCCACCACCCGAGGUAUGGUCGACUCUACCGCUCUGGGGACAUUGGAAGGCUUCUUGCCGACGGGUCUCUGACCAUUUUGGGUCGCGAAGACGAUCAGGUCAAGCUUCGUGGUCAAAGAAUCGAGCUAGGAGAGAUCAACUCUGCUAUCCUCCGGUGCCAGGGUCUCGAAGAUGCGGUGUCUAUGAUCAUUGACGCAGAUGGUGGUGCAGCUGCCAAACUUGUUUCUUUCCUGACUCGGCGUCAGCCCAAAGAAUCAGCAACACGUUCCGAGGCCACCGACGCCAUAUAUGACCAAUUGUCAAACACAUUGCCGACCUACAUGAUACCUGACGCACUUAUAGAUCUCGACUCCAUACCACUGACCCGACAGGGGAAGGUCGACCGGAGAAGUCUCGUCGACAAGUACCGCGGCCUUGAUGCGGAGCAGCUCCAAGCAGUUUCGCGAGGGAACACUGCUUCAGAGGAUGCUCGAGACUUCUCUGAAGACGAGAGAACAAUAGCUGAGACUAUUUGCGAUAGUCUCGGUGUGCAAUUCCCGACGAUCACUCGCAAUAGCUCGUUCUAUGCUCUGGGGCUGGACUCGAUCAGUGCUAUCCACGUUGCAAGAAAACUGAGGGACCAUUAUUCAUCCAUUGAGAUCUCCACCUUAUUAAGAAACCCAUCGGUUGAGCGACUGCACAGAGCCCUGCGCUCGGCCACGGGGGCGGGGCCAGCGCCAUGUCCUCAGCGUGAUCUGACCCGACACUUCACUGGUCCCUUGGGUGAUCGGAUUCGCAGCACCUACUCUCGUGCGGGACUUGAAGUCGAGAAAAUGCUUCCAUGCACCCCUUUACAAGAGUCGAUGGCCACAACUGCUAUGAAUGGCUCUUCCCAAGCUUAUCAGACCACCCUUCAACUUGAAGUCCAAGGGGAUAUUUUAACGCUGCGGGAAGCGUGGGAGCACGCACUGGCUAGACAUCAGAUCCUUCGCACUGGAUUCACAGCAACAGACUCCGCCGCUCAACCCUUUGUGCAGGUGGUUUUGAAGAACUUUCAGCUUCCCUGGAAUGGGGACACUUCUCAAGAUCCUCAAUUUCACCAACUGGAAGGUCUAAUGCUUCCGCCAUGGAAACUUACGGUGACACAAGGAGAUGACAAUAGCUCCAAAUUGACUCUACAGAUGCAUCAUUGUCUCUACGAUGCCGAGGCGGUGUCAAUUCUUCUAUCUGACAUCGAGGCUUACUAUCAUGGCUAUCAUCUUCCAAAGCCGGUGCCUUUCGAGCGCUAUCUGUCUUUCAUGGAAAUCUCCGACACGAACGGCACAUAUGACUUCUGGCGCACCAAGUUGGACGGAGCUUCCUUGUCCAAGCUGUCGGAGGCUAUCUUGCCUGAGAACAUGAUUCGAUCAGGCAGCGCUUCGCGGGCGCAGUCUCGAAGCACGAUCGGCUUGUCCGAAUUUUGUCAAUCUAUUCGAAAGCUUUCUUCAACACCUCUCGUGCUGAUGCAGGCGGCGUGGAGCCGUUUGCUUAGCUGCAUCUUCCAGACUCAAGAUGUUUGCUUUGGGAAUGUUUUUAGCGGUCGCAACCUUGCCAUUGACGGUGUUGACCGCAUAGUCGCACCGUGCUUCAAUACUUUACCGAUGAGGGUCCGUCUGCGGCGCGAUAGUUCCAACCAAGAACUAUGUCACAGUUUCCAGCAGAUGAAUGUCGAAGUAUUGCCCUAUCAGACUAGCUCACUCCGUCGCAUCCAGCGAGAAGUCGAUACCAUGGGGAAAACACUGUUCGAUACCUUGAUUCUACUGCAGCAAGACCAGCUCCGCCUCGACCAUGACAUUUGGACGAUGAUUGACGAAUCUGGAGAUAUGUCAUUUCCUUUCAUUCUGGAAAUAGUGAUGGACACAGACGCCGACAGCAUCUCUCUGAUAUUACACUCGGAGGUAGCGGAUGAGAACACUUUGAGGCAUUUCCUCCAUGCCUUUGACAGCCUUCUCGUACAUACCGCCAAGUAUCCGCAAGCAAGAGCAUUGGACUAUUCUUCUGCGACUCAUGCGUUGCCAGAACUGAAUCCUACCACUCCGUUCAUUGUCGGUCGUCCACCAGCAGCCGCCACAGGAGCAAAUGGGUCGAUCCAUGAUGAAGAAAACCCGACAGACGCGGAGACACUAGUCAAGGAUAUCCUCUUGCAGUUGAAGCCUGGUGUUUCUAGGAACAUCUCCAAAGACACCACCAUUUUCCAUCUGGGUUUCGACAGUAUCAACGCUGUGCAAAUCGCGGCAAGGCUACGCAAACAAGGCUUCAACCUGUCUUCUGGUGAUGUGCUGGAAGCUGCCAGUGUCCGCAACAUCGCCAGCCUUUGUAACUCAAGGAAGGAAGAGCCGGAGCCGGGUUUUUCAUUCGACCUCGACGCAUAUGACAGGCAACACCGUCAGUCGAUCUGUCAAAGUAACGGCAUUGGACGACCGACAGUGCAGCAUGUGUGGCCGUGCACACCGACUCAAACAGGCAUAUUAUCACAAUAUAUUCGGUCGAAUCGAAAGCUGUACUUCAAUCAUAUGCACUUCCAGCUGGAACAAAACGUCGACUUGUCGAAGCUAAAGCGUGCUUGGGCCGUGGCAAUGAAAACGCACAAAAUGCUCAGGACCGGCUUUGCUGAAGUGGAUGACCCCAAGGCCCCGUUUGCUAUGGUUAUAUACAAGACAGGUGCCAAGCAGCUGCCAUGGUUCGACGACACCACCGACCCUCCGAGAGACCUGGAAGACCUUCGAUACCUGCAAUGGUACGUUCGAGUGUCCACCACGGGCCAGUCUCCGUUCCUCGAACUCUCAAUGCUGCAUGCACUCUACGAUGCUCGCUCCUUGGAUAUAAUUCUGAACGAUGUGGCCUGUAUAUACCAUGACACGCAGCCACAGAAGAUCGACAUUGCACAUACUGUCUCCAAGAUUCUCGCUACAAGCGCAAAUGAAAGCUCAAAAUCAUUCUGGUCUGAGAUGUCAACCGAUAUGAGUCCAACUCGCUUUCCAGAUAUGCGAGUCUACAACAACCAAGCCACGAAUCACAUCGUAGCAAAACAACAGUGCAGCCUGUCGUCUCAGACCCUGGAGGAAGCAUGUGCUGAGGCAGGAGCCACGAUGCAGGCCUUGGUGGCCGCCGCCUGGGCUUCUUUACUCGCCGCAUAUACCGCGCAGAGCGUCGUCACUUUCGGAGUGAUACUGUCCGGAAGAGACUUUGACGAGGACGUGGGCAAGGUUGCCUUUCCGUGUAUCAAUACUGUUCCGCUAGCAAUCCCAAUCCAUCGUGAAGGGGCCAAGCUCCUGCAAGUCGCUACCAAGCGAUGUGCCAGCGUUCUGAAAUAUCAGCAUACCCCACUCAACUCUAUCAAACACUGGGCAGGCAUUGAUGAAGAACCAUUCGACUCUGUGAUCGCCCUGCAACGGUACGGCUCCGCACAAGAUUCGCACAGGCCAUGGGCUCUGGUCGAAGAUGAUGCGAGUGCCGAGUACGCGGUCUCGCUGGAAAUACUACCACGCGAGGACGGUACUAUUGACCUCCAGCUGACAUGCCGUGGUGAUGUCGUACCGGCAGAGCACGCUUCUCACAUCCUCCAAGAGUACGAUGUGCUUCUCAAGAGCAUAGUCGGCCCAGCUACCGAGUCCUCAAAGCUUCCGCAGUCAAUUUUGUCAGUCGUGCCUGCCAAAGACGAACGUAUCCCUACCGAAGUCCACUUCCUACACGAGCUUGUCGAGCUGUCUGCAAAAGGACGACCUGACAAAAUUGCUCUUGAGUUUGUGACAAGCUUAGAGGACUCGGUCGCAACCAAGCAGACCUGGGCUUACUCUCAGCUCGACUCAAGUGGCAACCAGAUGGCGCGCUUGGUCCAGAAUAACGGAGCUCGGGCCGGAGAUCUGGUGGCUGUCUGCUUUGACAAGUGCCCCGAAGCUUCAUUCGCUAUACUUGGGAUCCUCAAAGCAGGAUGUGGCUAUAUCGCCAUUGACCCAAGCGCACCAGCUGCCAGGAAGGAGUUUAUCCUCAAAGAUUCUGGGUGCAAUAUGGUCCUUACCACAGAAGACAAGGUAUCAGAUUUUGCGCAUCUGGAGAACGUAUCUGUCGUAGCUGUCGACAAUGAUGCCUGGCAAGUCUUGCCGCCCGGCAAGCCUAAACCUAGCAGAGAGCCAUCUCCCGAAGAUACGUGCUACUGCCUUUACACAUCGGGCACCACUGGCACACCAAAAGGCUGCCUGAUCAGUCACGACAGUGCUGUUCAGGCCAUGCUGUCAUUCCAACGAAUCUUCGAGGGCAGAUGGAAUGACAGUUCCAGGUGGCUGCAAUUCGCGUCCUUCCAUUUUGAUGUCAGUGUGCUCGAACAAUACUGGAGCUGGAGUGUGGGCAUCUGUGUCACAUCUGCUCCGCGAGACCUCCUGUUUGAAGAUCUGCCAGCAACCAUCAGCGCUCUCCAGAUAACCCAUCUUGAUCUUACUCCAAGCCUGGCGCGGCUACUUACCCCCGAAGAUGUACCAAGUUUGUGUGAUGGCGUCUUCAUCGUUGGUGGGGAGCAAGUCAGACAAGAUAUCCUGGGGACCUGGGGUGAUGCUGGCUGCUUGUACAAUUUCUAUGGUCCAAGCGAAGUGACCAUCGGCUGCACAGUCCAUCGACAGGUACCCAAGCACGCGAAGCCCACCAACAUUGGCCAGCAAUGGGACAACGUCGGUUCCUUCGUAUUAGAACCAGGCUCUGAACAGCCAGUUCUACGGGGCGCGGUCGGCGAGUUGUGCCUGUCAGGUCCGCUGGUCGGGAAGGGAUAUCUCAACCGACCACAGCUCACUGCAGAGAAAUUCGUGACAAUGCUCAACUACAACGCUAGAAUCUAUCGGACGGGCGACCUUGUCCGUCUCUUGCACGAUGACAGCUUUGAAUUCCUCGGCCGUAUCGACGAUCAAGUCAAACUGCGAGGUCAGCGAUUGGAGAUCGGAGAGAUCAAUCAUAUUGCGUUGGCUUCAGACUCUAGAAUAAAAGACGUUGCCACAAUGGUCUUGAAACACCCGAGCCAACAGAAGGAUCACCUUGUGGCCUUCUUUUCCACAGCACAACAGAGAGUCAAGAAUGAGAGCUCGAACACCCUGACUGACAACUUGAGUCGAGAGUUGAUUGCAAAGAUUCGGGAGAAGUGUUCCAAUAGUCUACCGGCGUACAUGGUACCAACUUACAUUCUAGCAGUGUCAUCCUUACCUCUGUCGGUCAACAACAAGGUCGAUCACAAAGCCUUGAAGGCAUUGUACCAAACCAAUAUGACAGAUUCGGAAGGAACAUCGGCCGAGCAGGCAGAGGCAUUGACAAACGGCAACGUGGGAAUCGAUCGAAAUGUGGCCGAAGUACUGGCAUCCUUUCUGCAGGUUCCUGCAUCAAGCAUCAAGCCCAGUUCGAGGUUGUUCGAACUCGGUGUGGACUCGAUAUCUGCGAUCGGGCUUGCCAGGAUCUUCAAGCGGCAAGGGUUCAAGAACGCCAAUGUGGCUACAGUACUUAGACAUCCUGUGGUGCGGGACCUCGCACAAGCGAUAGCGCAAGAAUCGGCCUGUGAUGGCCAACAGGCUGUUGAGGCUGCUCGAGAGCAAAUUCGAGCAUUCGCAGAAAAUCACCGUACAUCAGUUUGUCGAGCCAUGAAACUCCAACCGGCCGAUCUCGAGCACAUCGCACCUUGUACGCCACUACAGGAAGGCAUGAUCUCGCGCGUCAUGCAGGGUGGAACCGACGAUACAGUGUAUUUCUCGGAAUUCCGCUUCGAGCUGGAACCGGAAAUUGACAUGGCACGAUUGAAAGAGGCAUGGCAAGCUACACAGCAGUCUGUUUCAGUGCUGAGGACUUUAUUUCUCUCCACAACGGAUGGAUCUGCUCAGGUUGUGCUCCGGGAUUGCAAGAACGAUAUCAAGAUAUUAAGUCAGCAAGAAAAGAGCGAGCAGACACGAGGGUCAUGUUUCAGAGACUGGGUCAAAUCUGUCAGGUCUCUGUCGAUGUCGUUGCCUUGGAGCGUCAAGUUGACGACUUUCGGAAGCAGCCAGCGCAUGUACCUUUACAUCUUUCACGGCCUCUACGACGGAAACAGUCUGCAGAAGCUACUCGACCAAGUGAAACGACAUUACAGCCGUCCUGGAGAUGAUCCCCUGCCCUGCAUGCAAUUCUACCACGCACUACCUUAUGGUCCCUUGUGUCGCCUGUCCGACGAGAGGAUAUUCUGGCAAUCACAGCUCCCCUCUUUCAAACCGCACCGGUUUCCAUGGAAAGGCUUGAAGAACGAGGAGUUGCACGGUCCCACUGUCUUGCGGAGCAAGCUCACCCUUGACAAUUUACAAGCUCGGUGCAACACAUUGGACAUCACGACCUCCGCGUUCUUCCAAGCAUUGCUAUUGUACGCACUACAGACGCAGCUCAACGCGAAUCCUUCCAUAGGCAUUGUGGUCUCAGGCCGAGCAAUGCCGCAUGAAGGGUUGGAGGAUGUGAUUGGCCCAAUGUUCAACACCAUACCCUGCGCAAUUAACGGUCUCAAGAACGGAGCGAGAGUUGCAGACCUUGUCCAAGCCUGUCACAAAUUCAACGUAGAUGUCAUACCCUAUCAGCAUACACCCCUACGAAAGAUUGCACGCUAUCUCGAUCAAGACAUGAACAAGGGUCUCUUUGACACCCUGUUCGUCUUCCAAAAGUCGUCGAGGAACUCCGCUGGUGGCAAGCUAUGGGAAGAAAUCCCAAUAGAAAGCUCGCCGGAUUAUCCCUUGAACAUUGAGGUCGAGCAGGAAGGAUCCUCCUUCACAGUGACCCUUGUUGCGAAGCGGGCACAAGCGCCUGAAUAUGACGCCAACCACCUCUUCAAGACCUACUUAAACUUGGUCAAUGAUCCAGCUAUACUAGAAUCGAAUCUAUCACCAGCGUUCUGUGAAGAAGCAGUCGAACCGGUGCCAACGACAAACGGCAUCCACCAUAACGACCACACGGAGUCGGACAAUGUUCUAAGACAACACAACGACACUUCUCUGAGCGAAAUGGAGAUGGCUGUUCGAUCCCAGGUCGCGGAGCUUGCUUCUGUCCAGGAAGGAUCUAUCUAUCGGGAUGGGCCGACAAUAUUUGAACUCGGUCUUGACAGCAUUGAAGCAAUGAAACUCGCAGCCCGGCUCAAGAACGUCGACUUGAAGGUCCCCGUAAGCGCCAUCAUGAAAGCACCUACCGUUGCGGGCAUUGCACAUGCGGCGACCUCGACUGCCCAUGCUGAAGGCCCAAUACGCAAUGUGGGAGAGAGGCCCGAUUCCAUUGCCAGUUUGCAGGCGAGCUACCGGACUGCUCUGCAAGCCCAGGGAGUUGACCUGGAAGAGGUUGAAUACAUCCUUCCUGUUACACCCAUGCAGGAAGGCUUACUUCUGGAACCCGAAAAAUACAUGAAUGUGAUGACUUUCAGACUGGAGCCUGGUGUCGACCUGAAACGGCUUGUUACAGCUUGGCAGACUGUUUCACAGACACAGCCAAUACCGAGGACUCGCUUUGCCACCAUCGAAUCGGCUGACCAGGGCGCAGCAUUCGUCCAGUACAUGGUCAAAGAGCCACAUAGGGUGCAAAUAUCCAACAACGACACGUUACACCAUGUUGUGGACAAGUUCAGAGGCUACCCAUCAGACCAAGACCUGUCAGCCCACGGAAUCCAGAUUGCCGUCGUGGAUGAGGCAGAUGCAGCCUUCCUGGUGCUCGCUAUGCCCCAUGCACUGUACGAUGCCUGGUCUCUGUAUCUCCUGCAUCAGCAAGUCACCAAAACAUACCAUUCACCGACUCCACCUGAUCCCAGGACCGAGGAGCUUACCAUCAUCCCACUGCGAAGCCACAUCCAACAAGUCUCCGAUGAGUCGAGCAGUGGGGAUGCGCACCUCUUCUGGGAGGAUCAGCUGAGGGGCAUUCAACCCAGCACAUUCACCCCGGAGGUCGCACCAGACAAACCUGCCUUCCUGCUCCAAAAACAGUCCAGCACACGUCUGGAGAAGGUCCUCGGUUUCUGCAAGCACCAGGGCGUGACGCUCCAGUCCCUGGGACUUGCCUGCUGGACAAUCACGCUUGCUCAAAAGACUUGCCAGCUGGAUGUUUGUUUCGGCCUCGUUCUGUCCGGUCGCACUACCGAAGGCUCGGAGCAACUUGUCUUCCCCACCUUCAACACUGUCAUAUUCAGGCCCCGGAUCACGAAGGACAGCACAAAAGCCAAAGCUGUCAAGCAAGUGCACGACGUCGCAGUCGGAGUUUCGGAACACCAGCAUUUCUCUCUUCGAGAAGCUCUCCAAAUGUAUAGGAGGUCGGGAACUGAGACACAGCUUUUCAACACACUGUUCACAUUUCAAAAGCUUCCGAGCUCUGGCGGCGAUCUCGCGGCACUUUACCAUGAGUUCACCCCUGAAGCGACACCCGUUCGACCGCCGUAUCCUGUCAACAUCGAGUUGGAGAGUGGAGCGGACGGCCCGGUCUGGACAGUCGCAUGUCAAGAGGGAAUUGCUACUGAAGACUGUGGUCGCGAAUUGCUAGAAACGCUUGACAAUGUCUUGUCGGGCCUAAUGGAACAGCCCAACCAGCCCUUGCUGCGAGAAGAGGACGAAAUGGCGUCAAUUUGUGGCUUGCCCAGGAUACACCUUGUCAGCAGGGAGGUACCAGAGCGGGAAAAUGAGUCGAGUGCCGUCAAGAUGAAUGGAGACGACUCGCAAACAACACGACCUUGGACUGCAACGGAAACCAUAAUCAGAGGAGUCCUGGCCAAUAUUGCCAAUGUCGACAAGAACCAGAUCAAGCAGGAUACCGGCAUCUUCCACCUCGGUCUGGACAGUGUCAGUGCUAUCAAAAUCGCCAGUGUAUUGAGGAAAGAGGGAAUCAAGAUACCGGUCAGCGGUAUCAUCAGAGCGCACACGAUUGAGAAGAUCGCAAGCCUGGCAGAGCAACUCAAAACGCAGGCUCCAGACGUCCGACCAACACUGAAUGGUUCUACUAUGAAUCAGUCAGCUUCUCGAGCUCUUAAGCAGAGUCUGGCGAUCCCAGAAAGCGACGUCGAAACAGUUAUACCGGCAACCGGUGGUCAAUGUUACAUGCUCGACAUGUGGGAAGCAAGUGGAGGUCGCUUGUUCUAUCCAAAGUUCUGGCUCAGAGUGGCGAAUUGCUCACCAAAAGACUUGGAGCGAGCAUUCCGGCGGCUUGCCCGUGUUGUGCCUGCGCUCAGGACUCUGUUCGUCCACCAGAAGAGCAAUGAAAAGGUCCAGACGUGGCAGGUAGCCCUCAAGGGCGAGGCUGUGGAUAGGCAUAACCUGCCAUGGACUUUGCACAUCGAUGACCAAGGAAGCGAGCUUCUUGUGACGCUUCACAUCCAUCACGCUUUAUACGAUGCUGUGAGCCUCCAGCUGCUGGUAGGAGAACUGGAAAGACUUUGUGUUGAGAUCAGUUCUGACAUACGGCACAAUACCGACAUGAGCAGCUUCGUCUCCAACACCCAGUCAUCUGCAGGAGUCGCGCAAGAAUUCUGGACAAAUUACCUCGGUCAAAAGGCAGAUAUAGCACCACCCGUUGCUCAAGGCUCCUUUGGAGCAAAACGAGUUGAGAUCUUCAAUCCCCGACUUCUGCCACUCGGCAAGUUGACCAAGUACUUGAAACACCACGGCCUCAGCAUUCAAGCGCUCUUCUUUGCCGCCUAUGCCAGAUCAUAUGCGAGCAUACCUCGUGCGUCCCUUACUAGCGACAACAAAGAUUCAACAGCGAGUGACGUUGUCCUCGGAGUCUACCUUGCGAACCGCUCUCUCGACAUCGACGGAGUCACGGAUUUGAUUGCUCCGACAUUCAAUAUCAUCCCCUUGAAAGUCCAGCUCGACGGAAAGAGCCUGUUGGCUUCGGCACUGCAAGUCCAACAAGACAUAGCCGAGAUCACCAAGAUGGAGAAUUGCGGUGUCAGCAUGCGGGAUAUCUAUGCCUGGACAGGUGUCAAGGUCGACACGUUCGUCAAUUUCUUGAGCCUGCCUUCCGAUCAGGAAGCCGAUAGCGCUCGAGCUAGACCCAGCAAGCAAGUGAAGAUAACGCACGCCAAAGUCGACGCAGACCAAAAAGCGAAGCUUGAAAAUGCGACGAACUCACCGUCACCGUCACCUUUUGUGAAAGGUACGGACCAAAGCCCGGAGACGAGCAAGUGGUGCCUGGUAAGUGCCGAAUAA